UAUCAUCGACAGUGUGGAAGAUUGUCAGUGGACCAUGAGAACACUGAUCCUGCUCGCGGCCGUCGUACAGGCCGUUCUUGGAGGUGGCAGCCACUUCUCGGUUCGGCUCCCGUUUCUCAACCCCGCCGGUGUCACUUAUGUGGACGGUCCUGCGCCUGCUGGGUUGGCAGCCGGACCUCUUCAGUACGCUGCUGAAGUAGGUUACGCUGCUCCAGCCGUGGCUGCAGCCCCCGCUGCUGAAGUAGGUUACGCUGCUCCAGCCGUAGCUGCAGCCCCCGCUGCUGAAGUAGGUUACGCUGCUUCAUACUUAGCUGCAGCCCCCGCUGCUGUUGGUUACGCUGCUCCAGCAGCAGCUGCAGCCCCCGCUGCUGUUGGUUACGCUGCUCCAGCCGUAGCUGCAGCCCCCGCUGCCUUUGGUUACGCUGCUCCAGCCGUAGCUGCAGCCCCUGCUGCUGUUGGUUACGCUGCUCCAGCAGGAAUUGCCUACGCUUCAGCACCCGUAAAAACAGUAGCUGCAGUCCCCACUGUGCAUCACGUGCCAGGGGUAGCUGAUGUGCCCGUGACCCGCGUAGAAGCGCAGCCCGGAGUGAUCCAGAAGUUGGUGGACGUAGCCAAGCCCGCAGUGUCCACCCGCAAGUUCCAGUUGCGCCGACCCGCAAUCCAGAAGCAGUUCUACGACAUCGAGGAACGAGUGGUGGUCCGCCCAGCUGGCUCGGCUCUCGUGGAGCUGGAAGAGCCCGUGGCGAAGAUCCAAAAGGGCCCUGCUGUUAUCAACCCAGUCGGCCCGGUGGCCGUGGGAGCCUUCCCCGUUCAUCCUGCGCCUGCUGUCGUGGCAGCCCCAGUCGCCCUCGCCCCUUCCCCGGCACCUGAACCGGUUUUUGUUUCCACCACUCCUGCCCCCGCUUUCGGACCUGCUCCUGAGCCGGGACCUGUUGCCUUUCAGGACGAGGAGUCGGUAGUUGUCGAUAAUGCGGAGUUCGCGGCUCGGGCAGCUCUGUCCUCAGAGAGCCACCAACUUGAGGCCGAACAGCGAGCCCUCAACAUCCAACAGCAGGAGCUGCAAGCGCGCCUGCUGGAUCUGGACUCACGGCGCCAGCAUCUCUCGCGGGCCCACACCGGGGCUCGUGUCACUGGGCCCCUUGCUAAAGCUGGUCCAGCCGUCGAGGUCCACGCCAACGGGGCCCCAGUAGACUUAGUCCCUCAUGCCCGCGCCGGUCCCGAUGUCGUGCCCUCCGUCCGCGCCGUCAGUCCCGAGGCGAACCAAGCUAACCAGCAGCGGCUAAUCCAGCUGCUGACUGCUCGCGGCGGUGUAGCGGAGGUCGGUUUCGGCCACGCAGGUCCCAGCCCUCUUCCUGUGGGCGAUGCAGGCCCAGUGAGGGCCCGAGUCCUGUCCGCCACCCCCGCACCUCCCCAUGCAGAACCGGCGGGUGAGCGUGUGUCUACUCGCCGCGUGGUCGUCAGCAGACCCAUCGAGACGGUGCAAGACAUUGACGUGGUGGAGCCCGUCACCAAGCUGGAACGCAUCGCUGUCAACCAUCCAACAGUGUUCAAGACUGUACACCAUGAUGUGGCCCGCGUACCCACCUCGGUGCCCGUCCUGGGCAAAACAUUGACACCUGCUAUCGCUCACGCUGCCGUACCUGUUGGCUAUGUUCACUGACCACUCGUCACUCAACACUGACCUACCGAUCCAUCGCAGCAGUUCCGAAACUCAGGGCGUGACCACAAUCAGCAGUCAACUGACGAGUCAUCAAAGAUAUGAUUCUCUGUGUAGUCCGGUAGAAUUUCAAUGGCAUUUGGGUAGAUGGCACUGCCUCGGUCUUCAGGAUAGACGAGUAAGGGAAGCAGUUGGCUAGUAAGACGCAGGUAGAAAUCAAAGAUGUGGUCACUUCCUUGGAUUACUCAUGACUCUGAAGAUUGAGACAAUACUUUCCUCCGAAACGUCGGUAAUCUUCUACGUCAUUAUAUUAUGUUACAUUCCAGAAGCAGUACUCUUCUCUUUCUUUUGAGUCCCUCUUAAACCUUUGGACAGUGUUCUUAUAAUUUUCGUUUCCUUGGAGCCCAUACCAACACUGCAGACACGAGGACCCCACAUCCUUCCACACGCCUUGGUCACCACUAUAUCGUAACAUAAACAUCUGUAAGAAAUUCCGAGUCCAAUAUAUUUUUGACAAUAUUCACUAUAAUAUUUUUCUAACUUAAAUUAGGCUUACAAAAAUAACCUUGCGAACUCCUCUGGUCAGGUCUCACAGACCAAAUUCUGAGAACUGCUGCCUUAGAGCCUAGGUCUGACGGUUGAAGGUCUUGUUGGUAGCUAAACAGAAGUUACAGCUGGAUCCAAGUUGGGGACCACAGUUCAAACACAAUAUUCCAUAUUAUUUAUCAUCGACCCUAGCUACUGCAGAUAAUCGUGGAAAGCCAACUUCUUCUGGGGCGCCAAACUCUCGUCAAAACUAAUCUUUUCAAGAAUUUAGUAAAUUAAAAAUUCUGACAACUGGUGGUUUCCUGUGACGUACAAGUGUGAAGAGUACUACAAACUAAACUAAUUGUUUUCUUCCGUUCUCAUCCCUGGCAGGUGAUGGGAGAUUACUCACAUGCGCAAAACCUGCGCAUUUGAGCAAUAUGGGUUUCAAAGAGCUGGAAGCGACAAGAAAUUUACAAUAUCCUGAUAUGUGAAAUGAUACCUUUAGGAUCUGAGAGGAUAAAGAGCUUUUAAAUUUAAAGUCUUGCCGAAAGCAGGAUAAAGAAACUAAAAAUUUAUAAUAUUCAUUCUCUUGAAUUAUGUCACUGACCAGCUUAAGAUUUCCUUGUAAAGAAACUGGAAUUGAUUUGUCUGUAUUCGCAUGCAGAAGUUUUGCUUUGUCUGUAUGGAUACAGACGAUUCAUUUUAACCCAUUCACUGUUAUGGCGAGACAGAAUUUUUGGAGUAUUGCGAAAUCUACUCUUGUUCCGAAAAUUAUAUCAGAACAAAAAAUAAAUUAAUGUUUAUGUGUAGAGUUAUAUAUAAAAUUUGACAUGUGCAUGAAUGAAAUAUAUAUAUUUGUUAACGUACAGCUUGUUAGUCUAUUUUGUAAGUAACAGUGGAGGGGUUAAGACUCACGUAAGUAAUGUAUACCGAAGCCUUAGGCCACCAGUACAGAAUUGCUGCCUUGCAUGUCACGUCCUGCUUGCGACGUGUAACAGAUGACAGGACAAAUUUCUCAAAGUGAUAUUUUGUAUUUAUUUAUAGUAGACAACAAAUAAAAUUAUGAACAGAG